AUGGCAGCUUCGGUACCAAAGAAUGUAUCACCAUUAAUUCGUGCUGGUCGUUGGAGUUUAUUAUUAGCUGGUCUUGUUUAUGGACGUAUGCAUCAUAAUACAUUAAAAAAACGUGAAGAACAUGUACGACAAGGUGAAAUCGAUCGCGUUACACAAGAAACUAUUGAUUCACUUGCUGAGAAAAAAAUCAAAGCUGAUCAAUCCAUGGUUGAUUUAGCUAUCGCUGCUGGUGUUGAUCCAAAUAAAGCACGUAUGAAACAACUUGAAGAAGAAACAAAAAGCUUACAAGCACAUCCAGCAAAACCUGCUUCAAGUAGCAAACAUCAUUAG